AUAUUAAUGAGUAAUCCAGGGAAAGGGCAGUUUCUCUAUGGAUAUUGUCCAAGUGCAAACACAUAGCAAAUUUUUAAAUUGUUAUUUUGAGAUUAUUCACUUUGCUCCAAUUACCCCACUUCACAGUGGUUUCCUUUAUCUCGCACACAGUGCAUUUAUUUAGAAAGGAAUUUUAUUCAGGACUUAUAUUCCACUGUCUCAUAUGUGCCCUUGCAUACAUAUCUCCAGAUCUGAAACAAUAACAACAUCAACAAAAACCCUACAUUUCCUUCUAUUUCCCAGCUUGCCACUAAUAAGUCCCUGCAGAGGGGAGCUUGGCUGGUGGUGUUUUGUGAUUUCUCAGAUAACAAGAGCUUCGCAUUUCUGUGGAAUUCCCAUUUGCCAGCGAGCUGCUGCUGCCGCUGCCCUGAUUGAUAUAUGACUGCAAUGGCACUUUUCCAUUUGACAUUCUCUCUCCCUCUCUCUCCCUCUCUCUCUUAAAUAACAGCCCUAACUUUUGUGUGUUGCAAAUAUAAAAGGCAAGCCAUGUGACAGAGGGACAGAAGAACAAAAGCAUUUGGAAGUAACAGGACCUCUUUUUAGCUCUCUGAAGAGUUGGAGGGAAGGAAGGAGCAGAGCAUUUGCUGAAGGAGCACUUUUAAUUUGCACAUUAUUAUUUAUCCAAACUUCUGGGAGGCUUUACUACGGACUGGACAGCACUGGCUAUGGAUUAGGCUAGAUUUAAUACACAUCCUUGAUUGGCUGAAGCCUAUGAGGAAAGCUGCAGUGUUUGCCUGUGCUGUAGCCCCGAGGGGGUAUAUUUAGUAGGUAGCCUACCCCCUCGGCACGACAGAUCGUGCGGUGUGGCCGUGCAGGCGGUCAGUGGCAUGGGAGGAUGCUGCACGGGACCCCCCGGCUGCCUGCUGCAGGACAGGGGGAGGAUCUCAGCACCCUGAAAUCCCAGCCUGACGGGGCACUGCUUCACUCUGCCUCGGUGUCAGGGGCGCGAGCAUAGCUGUUCUCUGCUCCUCUGGGGGAAAAGAGGAGUUUUGCUGUUAUGAGCCAAGUGAUAAAGUACCAGAGGAGCGUAAGUGCAAUCCCCCAGCACGGAUACUGCCCCGAGAGAGCCCUGCUGUGGAAGAAAGCCCCAUCUCCCUGCUGAGAUUCAGCUACCCGGGAGAUUCUCUGAUGGAUUACAAUCUCAGUAAACUCUAACUCCAGAAGAAUGACAGCUAAGAGACUUAAAACAGACUUUUCGCUAUCCUGGAGAGGAACUGGGUCCCACGCUUUAGAGUUUUUUUAAUACUCUACCUCCCUCUGCUGUUAUCACCGCGAAGUUCCUCAACAAUGGGAAAUCAUGUACUGGCAGCUUCUAUUUCCAUGCUCUCGCUCCUGGCAAUGAUGGGAGAUGCGGACAGUAAAACAGACAGUUCCUUCAUGAUCGACGCCGAUCCCAGUCGCUGCAUGAGGCAUCACUAUGUGGACUCCAUCAGCCACCCCCUGUACAAGUGCAGCUCGAAGAUGGUGCUGCUGGCUCGCUGCGAAGGACGCUGCAGCCAGACGUCGCGCUCGGAGCCGAUGGUUUCUUUCAGCACUGUCCUAAAGCAGCCUUUCCGCUCCACCUGCCACUGCUGCCGGCCCCAGACCUCCAAGCUGAAAGCCAUGCGGCUGCGCUGCUCGGGCGGCAUGCGGCUCACCGCGACCUACCGCUACAUCCUCUCCUGCCACUGCGAGGAGUGCAACUCCUAGGGGCCUGCCCACCACAGCAGGGGGGGACCAGGAUGCUGCUGCCAGGGAAGGCUCCCGAGAAGUAACCCUGGGUGAGGCCGGUGCUCCCAGCACGGAGUUGAAGGAAGGACUCGACUCACCAGGCUGGGCUGGAGCCGAGAGCUGGAGCAGAAAACCUCCUGGGGCCCUGGAUGCUGCCAGUACCAAUGCACAGUCUGUGACAAAGGCAAAGCACGUGGACUUGUUUUUGAAAAACAUUUUUUUUUUUUUUUUUUUUUUUCUGAAAGGAUAUUUUUGCCAGUUUCUUCUUUUUCAGACCCAGCCCUGACGACAGAGAGGUGACUUCUCUUUAGGCCCAGGGCAGCAAGGGAACAGGGAGGAAGGUCAGCUGGAUGGCAGCGCUGCUCUCUGGAAGUCAGCGUUGGGACGGAGGGUGGGUGUCAGACCCACACACCACCUCUUAACCUGUCAGUGUAUUCUCAGUCUCCUCAUUAUAUUGGUUUUCAGACAAACUGCGUCGUUGGCAAGGGUUACCUGUUACCGAUCUAGCAGCCAAGUGCUGGAUAACUUUAACUGUGGUUUAGCAGAAACUGCAAAUAAAUCAUUGAAAAGUGAACCUGGUAUGAAAUGUAAUGCUGGGAUUAACCCAGUGCCAGCUAAAAUGAUUAUUUGUGGUACACAGCAUCACAGUUCAGUGGCUGAGGGACUCUUUAGAAGUGAAAGGUCAUGAGAUUCAUUUUUCCCCUCUAAAAACCUGGAAAUGUGACACAUGGCAACUGUCACAAAAGCCAUUACUCAAACACUAGAAAUUAAACAAAAAUUAAUAUGAUACGUACUAAAUGGAGUAUUUUCUUAACUUGGGUAGAACUCUUGAUGUGCAGAACCACUAAAAUAAUGACCAAACCUAGGGUUUAUUUUCAUUUGUAGAUCACUUUUGCCUUUUAAAGACAGGCAGGGGAAUCCCACUGAUGUGCCCAUAAGAAAUUUAAGCCCAAGUUUGAACCCCAGUGUUAUCCACUGGACCACAAGGGCUGUGUUUUGAUUUACCUAAUGAUCUGCUACCUGGGGCCCUGGUGGAUUCACCAUCCAGCUUGGCAGCUGCUGGGGGAAUGCCACAGCUCUCGGCUGGGCUGUAGGCCCACAGUGACCUGGAUAAGCCAUUAUUUGGAUAGAAAUCAUUAAGAUGUCAGGGACAUCCUUGUCGGGUAAGGACUCAGGUUCAGUGCAGUUUCUGUUCCUUGGUAGUACCGGUAUGCACUGUCCCACAGUUACUCUCUCGGAUGGGCUGGAGCAGCUCUCCUGCUCAGCAGUGUCUGUCCUGGGCACCAUGGUGAGGACAGGAGGUCCUACCCAAGCGCAGCGUUUGGUCCAUCUGUUCAGCUCCAUCCCGUCUGUCUGCAGCAAAUGUCACACGCAGCAGCUCAGAGACACACACUGACGUAGCAGGGGGUCCCCGAGGUCUGCCAGGGACGGUAGCUGUCCUGUGGUCUGCACAGGAGUUGAUGGGGCUGCUAGGGCAAAGUCAAACUCCUCUGCUACUACCUCCUCACGGUGAAUAGGCAUGGGAUAUGAAGGCAGGUGGGUUACAGACACUGAACUCACAAGCCAAAUCCUCGAGCAGUAUGGCAGUCAGUCCUAAGUGGAAAACAGGUGGGGACAAAUACACCUGCAGACAUUGGUUAGGAAGGGGCUUGUGGUGCCUGGGAUGGGCUGUCUGUCUUCAGGAGAUGCCUCGGAGGUGGCCAGCUUUUAACAUUACAGAGCUGCAGGCAAACAAACUGGCGAAUCAAACUGUCAGAAGCCAGGGGGCUCAGGUUAAAAUGUCAAAACCAUGUGCAACAAACCCCGGUGAGCUCAUUAGACACCACGCAUUGUUUCCACACUGUCGGUCAUUCUUCUCACAUCUGAUGAAUGGUUUGAACAUCAAAGGGCGACGGCUGGGAGCGUGAGCUGGGCAUUAUCACCAGACUACUUUAUAUGAAAGAUCAUAUGGGCGUCGCUUUUUGACUUCCUUUCAACCUCCAGCAGCUAAAAACCCCAACAUCCAAAAAAACACCAAGCCCUACUGUUCAUUAGAGAAAUCUCCUGUCAUUAUCCAAAACAUCAACAAUAACCAAGUAACUACUGCAAAAUAUAUGUAACCUCAAAGCACACAAGCAGUGCUAUGCAUCUCUCUGAGGAAUGGGAAAGGUUUUAAGGGUAGCUGCUAUAUCCAGCCACCGCUGGGCUCCUCUGCCAGUGCAAAUGGGAGGCCACAGGGCUCCUUGUGACACGAGGCUUGGGUGACAAUUUGUCCCCCAGUGGCUCUGCUGGCUGGGUUGGACACAGCACAGCAGCGUGGCACGCUGUCACGGUCCUGCAAUGGGGCCAGAGGAGGGCUUUGAGCAGAGACCCCUCCUGGGCCAGUAUCAAAAAAAACCAUGAGAGAAUAUUUAUUGUAAGAGAAGAGUUUGGCUGGUAUUUAUUUCCACAUCCCUUCACUGUCACAGUGUAAGAGCUAUAACUGCUCAAACAGGUCGCACAGAAGGUAUUUGUGUUUCAUCAAAAGCUUUUUUUUUUUUUCUUUUUUUUUUAAAUCCCUCUCACACCCCACACUCCUUCCCCUUUUGCUUGAUUCCUUUAGUGAAAUCAUGGUGAAGUGAAUUUCACAUCAUCUAAUUUAACUGCUGAGUCAAAUAAAUGCACAGAAGUAAUAAAAACAGAAAUUAGGAGUCACGAGGCAAAACAUGCUUGUAAAUAGCUAGAAAUGGAUAUUAAAUAAGGAUUCAAACAUCCAAAUUCUUCUUUUAGUUUUGUCAGGCAAUCUUCAUAUUAACAUCUAGCAAAAGGUGGAGCUAAUCUGACAAAAGGCUCUCAUAAGACCAUAUUUUGAUACUUUUUCAUAAAUAUAUUAGGCAAAUAAGUGCCAAAUGAAGCACACAAGGUUACUCAUGGUUAAAAUCAAAAGGCACUUUGAAACUAAGUAAAAUGAGGCUUCAGGUAAAAACUACAGGGUUUGGCUCAUGAGAAGGAGUCUAAAUGGUGCUUGGGGAUGAAGCCGUUUCCUGAUUUCUUAGCCUGACCCCACUCUGGAUGCUUAAGCUCUGGUUUUCAAGUCUGACUGCUGUGUAUGUGCUUCUUAAAGUGGCUUGGUUUUGAACAAUAAAUGGAGGGAAACAUCUACUUGUCCAGAUAA